CGGAGCGAUACGCGAGGAGCAACUUUGCUGGUGUGUGAAGACUUGCAAACGAGCAAAAUUUUAGUCGUACUAUCAUCAUCAGUCAACCAGCAGUUCAAGAAGAAGGGAUAAUUUUUCAACACGAUUAGGGUGCAAUAGAGUUUCUGGUGUAUUUAUGAAGUAUCAUUGUUUAUUGCGCGUGCAUGAUUUAAGUUCGAAACAACUAUCAUUGUAAUCGUCUGGCUGGAUUUGUCCUGUGUCCUGUUCCGAAGUUGGGAAGCAAUUGCAAGUGUUUCGAGUGCUAUUCUGUGACGUAGUGCUGAAGUUUGGGCAAAGCCUUCAACUUGGUCUCUUGGGCCUGGAGUGAUGAGAGGUGGAUGGUGAAAAACCUUGGUGUGUCUUAGAUUUUCAAGGCAACUGUGAGAAGAUACAGUAACAUCGAUACAAGCAAGCGUUUGAGAUUUUUCCUGUGAAAUUCACUUCCGGUUUGCUAUUAUUUUUAUGGAGCGCAUUCAAUGAAUUGCAGCGCUGGAAGAGGUUAUUUCCGCCCAGCUUUGCCAGCGUCCCACCGUCAACAUUAUUAGAUUGAAGCAGUCGAGAAUGCCAUUAGCCAAUUCGGUGGAUCCAUGGAGAGAGAAAGUCCCACACAAUAUCGUCGGUACCGAGCCAGCUUUGCAUUAUGGACAACUUACCAUGGCCAGUGCCGCAAAAUGAAGAUUUUCCAAAUACUCAUUCUAAGCAAUGUUGUCCCUGAGAGCAGCACCAUUUGAGCAAACCAUAAUUGGUGAUUUGGUACAUCAUACCCCAUAACGAGAAGCAGCAGCAGCUAGCCAACCUGCACUAAUCGUUGCUCUGGCGGGUGUGUGUGUCUACAAAACAUAAGCGAAAACAGAGUUAUGUGGACAAAAUUGCUCAGAAGACUAGAAAGGACAAACUAGGUGUGCACAGAUAGCGUUUUGCCAAGACCGGUGACAGUUACACGGGUGUGUAUACUCUAGAGUCACAUACCAUCACUGCGACUAAUUGUCGCUAAAAGCUUGACCGGAUCGAAAGCGUGACGAGGAACUGUUGAAUGAAUGAUUUAUACGAAAUGAGUUUUGGUUUUAAUUGCUUCACAGUCCUAUGAAAAUUGAACCCCGUGCAGUGAGUGCUGUUUCACUGGACCAUAAACCAAUAUCCGCAGAUAACUAUUGUGGUUAUCACGGUGUAGAGAUACGCUUCGCUUCGGUGUAGUCUCAGCAGCAGCUACUACAAUAUUGUUAGUGGGAACGAAUAGUAGUGAAAAAUGAACCCGAUAUAUGGGACAGCGUGCCACGUUUGGCAAUCGGACUAUGUUAGGAUAAAAUGAACCUAUUGUAUGCUGGAUGCUGUAUGCCCAUGAAUAAAGUGCGCCAACCAAGAGGAAACGAUUCACAAUCCCAAGACAAUGUCGAGAUGGUCGUCGAUGAGGGUUACGAUGUGUUGCUUGGCCAGCAAGUUCCACAGCUUGACCCGGGCGGCCAGCUCCAGCAUCAUCUUCACUUUGACCAGCAGCUGGCCCACGGUAUGGACGUCGAGGCAAUGGAUCUGGACCCGACCGACGCUUCGCUGAUGAAAUCCGGUGAUGAGCAGGAGUACGAUAUCCGGGACGUGGUGCGCGAAGGUCACGAAAAAGCGGACCCAUCGCAGUUCGAGCUGCUCAAAGUGCUCGGCGAGGGAUCGUUCGGAAAGGUGUUCUUAGUUAGAAAAAUUGUAGGAAAAGAUGCCGGAACGAUGUAUGCAAUGAAGGUAUUGAAAAAAGCUACUUUAAAAGUCAAGGAUCGUGUUCGAAGUACCAACGAGCGCAACAUUCUUGCCGACGUUGGUCACGCCUUCAUCGUCAAGCUUCAUUACGCCUUCCAGACACCAGGAAAACUGUACCUUAUAUUGGAUUUCUUACGGGGCGGCGAUUUGUUCACCCGGCUGAGUAAGGAAGUGAUGUUCACCGAGGAGGACGUCAAGUUCUAUUUGGCCGAGCUGGCACUCGCGCUUAACCAUCUGCACAGUCUUGGAAUCAUUUAUCGGGAUUUGAAGCCGGAGAAUAUUCUGUUGGAUCAGGACGGUCACAUAGCUUUAACGGAUUUUGGUCUGUCCAAGCAACCACUGGAUGGUUCUAAAACCUACAGUUUCUGCGGCACGGUGGAGUAUAUGGCUCCGGAGGUGGUCAACAGAAAGGGGCACACACUGGCUGCUGACUGGUGGUCAUUUGGAGUGCUAAUGUUCGAAAUGCUUACCGGCAAUCUUCCCUUCCACGGUAGUAAUCGAAACGACACCAUGAAUCAGAUCCUGAAAACGAAGCUUGGAAUGCCGGAAAAUUUGAGCCCCGAAGCGCAGAGUUUGCUGAGAGCGCUUUUCAAACGGAAUCCACAGAACCGGUUGGGGGCUGGACCGAACGGGAUAGACGACAUCAAGAAGCACGAGUUUUUCACCAACGUCGACUGGGAGGCGUUCGAGCGCAAGGGCGUACGGCCACCAUUCAUUCCUGCUGUUUCGAGGGACGAUGCGUUUUACUUCGACACAGAGUACACCAACAAAUCGCCAAAAGAUUCGCCUGGUGGCCCCGUUAGCGCCAGCGCGCACGAGAUAUUCCGCGGUUUCAGUUUUGUGGCACCAGGAUUGCUGGAGGAUACCCCAAACUUCGCCAAUGGAAGUGGCUUCCUGAUGAAUCAACAACCCGCUUCGAGGUCACCAUUUUCGAACGAAAUACCCGGUGUCAAACCGGGGGCAUUCGGGGAUGAGUACACAUUAAUGCAAGAGUUGGGUCGAGGCACAUUUUCGGUUUGUCGGCUUUGUGAGAAUCGGACCACGAAAAAACAUUACGCUGUUAAGAUUAUCCGCAAAUCCGGCCACGAUUGUCGGGAAGAGGUGGAAAUUUUGUUACGAUACGGUAAUCACCCGAAUAUUGUUUCAUUGUACGGAGUACACGAAGAUCCUACAUAUGUCUAUUUGGUAAUGGAACUACUGAAAGGAGGUGAACUGUUGGACCGAAUCCUGGCCAUACACUACAUGAACGAGGUGGAAGCAAGUGCGGUUCUGAAAACAGUUGUGUCAGCCGUCGCGUAUCUUCACGAACAUGGUGUUGUUCAUCGAGAUCUUAAACCAUCUAAUUUGCUGUAUGCCUCGAUAAAUCACACUCCUGAAUCGUUGAAGUUGUGCGAUUUGGGUUUCGCCAAACAAUUGCGCGCGGACAAUGGAUUGCUAAUGACGCCUUGCUACACGGCAAACUUCGUGGCACCAGAAGUGCUGAAGAAACAGGGAUACGAUCUGGCCUGUGAUAUUUGGUCGUUGGGCGUUUUGUUGUACAUUAUGCUCGAUGGUAAAACACCUUUCGCGAGCACACCAAACGACUCGCCGGAUAUGAUUUUAGCAAGGAUAGGCUCAGGGAAAGUUGAUUUAGAAACGGGGAAAUGGCCAAGUAUAUCGGAGGAAGUGAAAGAAUUACUGCGACAAAUGCUACACAUAGUACCACAACGGAGGCCAACGGCCGCCCAGAUCCUUAGGCAUCCAUGGCUAUCGCGUUCCCGGUUGCUCUAUAAUCAACCAGGAAUGCAACAUCAAGCCCAGCAGACGGUGGGGAACGCAGCAAGCUUAGGUACUGCUUCCGGAGAUGGUAUUGUAUGUCCAGCGGAGAAUUCAGAGGCGAUCAAAGGUGCUGUUCAUGCAACGUUCCGUGCAAUCGCUUCCCCACAGGCGGCCAAUCUUGGACCGGUUGGAAUGUCAGAUUUGGCAAGGCGAAGAAAAGACAAGAUGAACCAUUCGUAAUUUUGGAGAAAGCUGGUGUGUGUCUGUAAAUGUAUGUGUGUCCGUAUGGGUGUUCCACAAAUUGUGUGUCCGCACAUCUGCGUGUAUUCGAUGUACAUUCGCGUGGUGUGAAUCUCUCUCAUUGCUAUCGAAUAUGUUCAGCAUCGUGAGGGAAAUGGUAUGCAGUUGAUGAGACCGCCCAAGUACUGGGAAUGUUUCUAACACAUUUGAAAAGCUUUUAUAAAUGGUAUUGCUUACCGGAUGUGGAAUACAUUUUACAUACUAACCAAUAACUGCAAGGUGGAUAAGGUGUACAAUUUUUGAAAAUAGCAAUUGCUUUUUUGAUUACAGCUGUAAGACAAUUUUAUAGUUUACUGAUAGAAGUCGAAUUGCUACUAACUAUUUGGUAAAAUAUAAUCUGAAACAUAAAACUUCUACACAACUUGUUUGCACUCGAAUCAGUAGCACUUAGAAGGUUCUGGUCCCUUUAGGGAAAGACAAGCAUUUAUUUACAGGCAAUAUCUACAAUUUUCAACUAUCACUUUUAUAAAGUGUUUCAGGUAUGAUAGCAUUUCUGGGUUUUCUGUGAUUAUUACAUCUGUGUGUAGAUUUUUCAAUUGGUUUCACAGGGUUUGUUAGGAAUUUUGGUGGAGAUGUGCUUUGCGACAUUUGCAUGAAAUUCCUCAAUUACCAAUCUAGGUAUGAUUGUGAGAAGCAAACAAGGUUGAUCAACACAAUUUACGAAUCUGUCGAAAUUUAACAGUAACUAUUAUAUUAAUGCACCUGCAACACAUCAUCAUAAAGCUUUUGGAUGUACAACAGCUCUGACGCUUGGACUAGAAGAACAAAUGCUGACAAAAAAAGUAAAGAUAAAUGGGUACCCUUCUUAACAAAUUAUAAAAAAAGUUCAAUUAAAAUUUAGAAGCACUAUAACUAAACUAAUAUAACAGAAAAUAUAUCGUUGGGAUAAAUAUUUAUAAAAAAACGCAAACGCAAGAGAAGAAAUAAUAAUCCACUGAAAAUAAGAGUCCUGCAUUUUUGGAAAAAAAAAACAACUAGUGAAAAAGUACACCGUCAGAACGGGAAACGAUACGAAAAAGUUAAGAAUUUAUUAUAUUUACAAUAAUAAUUGUGCCAUACAUUGUGACAAAAAAAAGAAACAAAACAAAUAAUUCGCGAGUGGAGUCGAAAACAAUGAGAACAAACAAAACAACAAUUAGAGAGAUCUAAAACUAAAAAGGUGUUUUCGAGGAAGAAAAAAAAAUCCCAGCCAUAUGAAGUAAGGAUUUAUGUGUGUGUUUGGUCGAUCGGAUUUAAAAUUUUGAAGUAAUCGGAAGUUUUCCAUGGAAACGAGCGAUGAUGAGAAUGGUGUAUUUUGAUUAUUUUGCUGAUGUUGAACAAUCGUUUUCGAAUUUGGCUCGUUGUAAUUUCUAGUGAAAUAGCGUCUUAACUCAGUUGAUUUUAAAUAUUAUUACGGUUUUCAAAGGAAAAGGUAUUAAGUUUGUCUUACUAAUUACAAUAAUAUUUUUUGAACUUCUAGAAUGGAGUGUUUUAAAGUUGUUUUAGAUAAUACUUCUGUUUUCGUGGACCAUUAUCGAAGAAUGGUACAUUUUAAGGGGCACUACAGUUAGAAAACAUCAAUUAUUUACCGGCAUUAUUUCCAGUGAGUAAAUCACGUCUCUACGUCACGUUACGUUUAUUAUACAAUAAUAAAAUACAAUAAGUUCAGUGCAUAAAAUAUGAAUAACAAAAAUCAUGAAUAAAGUGAAUA